AUGGAAAAGUUCAACUUUUAUUGGAAGCAUUACCUGAAUCGAACUUUCAGAGGAAACAAUGGUACAUUUAAUUUUUUAGAUAGUGAUUUCUGGCAGUUAAGCGAUAAUUUCACCUCAGACGAAGAAGAGAUUAUCCAUUUACCAACUGUCAUUUCCAUGACAAUUGUGUAUGCCGUUCUUUUGGUGACCGGUACUGUGGGCAAUGUGUGUACUUGUGUAGUAAUCUCGCGCAACCGCUACAUGCACACUGCAACAAAUUACUACUUGUUCAGUUUAUCUAUCAGUGACUUAUUGCUACUGACGUUAGGUCUCCCCCAGGAAAUGUAUCAACUCUGGAUUCCAAGACCAUACACGUUGGGCGAAUCCAUGUGUAUCGUUCGUGGCUUUACAGCAGAGGCUUCUACUUAUGCAUCCAUAUUGACCAUUACUGCUUUUACUGUGGAACGAUACGUCGCCAUUUGCCAUCCACUCAAAGCACAUGCUUUGUCCAGUCUUUCCAGAGCAGUCAAGAUUACUGUUGCAAUCUGGGUAUUGUCAGCAGUGUGUGCAGUGCCAGUGUGUUUGCAGUUCGGUGUGAUUUAUGACACAACUAUAAAUGGCGAAGUCCUCCUCCGAACUGCAGUUUGUAGUUUGGAGCGGCCCAUCCAACAUGCGUUCUUGAUUUCGUUCCUGUUGUUUUUUUGCGCACCUCUCGUUAUGAUAUUCACAUUGUACAUUAAGAUCGGCUUCAAGUUAAAAGGAUCCAUGAUUAUGGACAAACUGGUCGCUGAAAAGAUGCGAAGCAGCACUACGUCUUAUGGAAGUGGACAUGAAAAUGGAAAGUCGAACGUCAAUAACAACCGGAAAGGAAUCAUUAAAAUGCUUGUUGCUGUGGUGGUAUCCUUCUUCUUGUGCUGGUUGCCGUUCCACGUACAGCGACUGAUGGCAACGUACGUCGUACACCCUACCCCAUUCUUCAAUCUGGCGUACACAGUCGUCACAUACCUGUCAGGCAUAACUUACUACGUCAGCGCCACUCUCAACCCCAUACUCUACCAGUUGAUGUCUCUCAAGUUCCAGCAAGCAUUCAAAGACACCUUUGGAUCUUUCAAAACCAUGCUUGUUAGAGUAGCUUUAGAACCUCUUAGAAUCAGUGCUUUUUUGGAGAACAUUCUCAUUUGUAAAACGGGAGCAUCAUUAAUGCUGGUGUUCGCAUUAUCAAUGCUUCCGUUUUGUAAUGCUUUGAUGUUCCCGUUGUUCAAUGUGAGGGGCAAAUAA